AUGGAUAACAAUAUUGUAAUAAAAAAAUAAUGGUUCAUAAAAUCUUCAACAACAAAAAUUGAAGAUGCUUAUGAAUUUGAUCAUAAAAAGGUAUUAAAAUGAAGUGAUUGAAAAGCUACUUGGUUAAGGGACUUAUGGUUAGGUUGUAAAAGCUAAACUAAAGGGUUCAAAAUAUUAUAGAGCUAUAAAAAUUAUACCAAAGAGUAAAGUUAGAAAUCCUGACCGUUUUAGACGAGAGAUAGAAAUAAUGCGAAAUUUAGUAUGAAUAACAGAAUAUAUAAUUAGGAUCAUCCAAAUAUCAUAAAAUUAUAUGAGACUUUUGAAGAUGCUAGAAAUGUAUAUUUAGUAAUGGAGUAAUAAUUAUAAUGAUUUUAGAUUAUGUGAAGGAGGUGAACUAUUUGAUAAGAUUAUUGAUAAAGGUCAUUUUUCUGAGAAUGAAGCAAGAAUCACAAUUUUGUAAAUAAUGUAAGCUGUUAACUAUUGUCAUUAAAAUGGAAUAUGUCAUAGAGAUUUGAAACCUGAAAAUUUUUUAUUAUUAACAAAGGCUGAUGAUUCACCUUUAAAAGUGAUAGAUUUUGGUUUAUCAGUUAUAUUCCAUGAUAAUCAUGUUGAAAAAUUGACAUAAGGAAAAGUUAGUAUGACAACUAGAGCAGGAACACCAUAUUAUAUAUCCCCUGAGAUUUUAGACGGUAAAUAUGAUGAAUCUUGUGAUAUAUGGUCAGCUGGAGUAAUUCUAUAUAUACUAUUAUCUGGAGUACCUCCAUUUUAUGGAAAUACAGAUCCAGAGAUAUUAGAUGCCGUUAAAAAAGGCAUUUUCACAUUUAAUAGUAUUUUAUCAGAAUAUUAUUUAGUUCCUGAAUUUAAAAAGGUUUCUGAAGGUGCUAAAGAUUUGAUUUCAAAAAUGAUAUGUAAGCCAGAUAAACGUAUAAAAUCUCAUGAAGUUCUUUAACACCCAUGGAUGAAAUAAUAAACAGCUGCUGGUUCAUUUUUAAGCGUUAAUUACUAAUCAUUAAAGAAUUUUACAAAUUUUAAUAAAUUAAAAAAGGUUAAGAUCAUAACUAUUAUUAUUUAGGUUACUCUAACUUAUAUAGCUUCUUAAUUAUCAGAAUAAGAAAUUUAAGAAUUAGGAAAAUUAUUUAAAUAAUUAGAUAAGAAUGGGGAUGGUGUAUUGACUAUGGAUGAAUUAACUAAUGGUUUGACAGGUAUGAAAAAAGAAUCAUAAAAUGAAAUUAUGAGUGUUAUUAAAAGUAUUGAUACUGAUGCAUCAGGUACUAUAAAUUAUACUGGUAAUUAUUUUAAAUAUAUUAAUUAGAGUUUUUGGCAGCCACUAUAGAGAAAAGUGUAUAUAUGAAAUAAGAAAGAUUAUAUUAAGCAUUUAAAAUGUUUGAUUUAGAUGGAAGUGGGAAGAUUUCAAGGGAUGAAUUAAAAUAAGUUUUAGGAAGUAAGUUAAAUUACUGAAUUCUAGAAAGUGGUUCUUUAUUUGAUGAUAACAGUUUUAAGGCAUUGAUUGCAGAUGCAGACAAAGAUGGUGAUGGGGAGAUUGAUUACAAUGAAUUUAUAGAAAUGAUGGAUAAAAUGAAACCAUGA